AUGGGUAUCAAUAACCCUCUUCCGUCGUCUAUGGCGUCGGAAUGCAAGAAAUGUGGAAAGAUCCUGACCUCGUUCGUUGACCCACGUCAAGCAUUUGGCCCCGAAAAGGUCAUUCCUCCCCAGGUCCUCGCCAACGCCAAGGGCCUCGCCAUCCUCACAGUCAUCAAAGCUGGUUUCCUGGGCUCCGCACGGUUCGGUUCCGGUCUCGUGGUCGCGCGACUACCCGAUGGAUCAUGGUCGGCUCCUAGUGCCAUCAUGACGGCGGGCGGUGGAUUCGGAGGACAGAUCGGGUUCGAGCUCACAGACUUUGUCUUCAUUCUCAACGACGCCGGCGCAGUCAAGACAUUCGCUCAAGCAGGAUCCCUCACCCUCGGCGGCAAUGUGUCUAUCGCCGCGGGCCCCGUUGGACGAAAUGCAGAAGCAGCCGGCGCUGCAUCGCUGAAGAGCGUAGCGGGCAUUUUCAGCUACAGCAAGACCAAGGGGCUGUUCGCCGGCGUCUCACUAGAAGGAUCCGCUAUCAUAGAAAGAAGAGACGCGAACGAGAAGAUGUACGGUCAACGGCUUACCGCCCUGCAACUCCUCACCGGCUCUAUCCGACCACCACCGCAAGCGGCACCGUUGAUGGCCAUCCUGAACACGCGCGUCUUUAGCGGUAUGCGCUCCGGUAGUGUGGACGACAACAUGUACAACACCCCAGCGUACGACGACCAGCACAACGACGCCAACUGGAACAGCCCACAGCAACGAAACAGCAGUUAUGGUCAACAACAACCACCUGAAGAGUUCGGCCGCCCCAAGCGGGCGAGUACCUGGCAAGACGAUGUCUACGACAGGCCUAUAAGUGGCGUGAGUCGUACCAACACGGGUGGUGUCGCACCUGACGACUACGUCUACAGGGACCGUCAGUCACCCACAACGAACACGGGAUUCAGCGAUCAGAAGAAGGUUGGGCCAGGCAGGCCCGCCGCGCCGAAACCAAACUUUGCAAGCAAGCAGGCUCUCCUGAAGAAGAACGAAGCAGUAGCACUCUUCACAUUCGAGGCGGACCAGCCUGGUGAUCUUGGUUUUAAGAAGGGAGAGGUUAUUACGGUGCUAAAGAAGACCGAGAGUGAGAACGACUGGUGGACCGGUAUGAUUGGAACGAGACACGGCAUAUUCCCUAGCAACUAUGUUAAAAUGAAGGAAGGAUGA